CGGCUGUCGCUACGCUCUGUUGUGAUUUUGUUGCUUCCUCUCAGUUCCUACGUGUGUUUAUGCAUCAAAAUCAGUUCUUUCAGGCGGAUUCGAUGAGUAUUUGCGGUGACGGGUUAUCGAGACUCGUCGACUCUGUCCUACGAGUUCGUGGCGUUUAGGAGUGCGGUUGAAGCGAAUCCUGGGUUUUCCAUCGGUGGAAGUUCUUGGUUUGAAGCAACGGGGAUGGAUCAGGAUAUGCCUGAUAGCAGCAGCGGUACAGAUGACGACCUCCCUCCUCCGCACCGCGGCAGAUUCCAGAGAGGACACACUGCUGGAAAUGGAAGAUCUACAGUUUUAGGAACUGCGCCUUUACCCAGGAUUCAUGACGACAUGGAAAAUCAGAUCAACAAUAUUGAGCAAGAAGCUUAUUGUUCAAUACUGCGAGCCUUUAAGGCUCAAUCUGAUGCCAUUACUUGGGAGAAGGAGAGUUUGAUUACUGAACUUAGGAAAGAGCUGAGAGUGUCAGACGAGGAACAUAGAGAGCUUCUUUCCAGGGUCAAUUCGGAAGACAUCAUUCGGCAAAUAAGAGAGUGGAGAAAAGCAAAUGGGCUUCAACCAGGCAGGCCUGGUACUUCUCGGCACAUUCAUGACCCUGCACCUAGUCGCAAUCUUUCGGCUUCUCACAAGAAACUGAAGACCACACAGUCUGUUGCUUCUUUGUCCAUGAUCGCACCACCUCCAUCAAUACCGUCAUUACAACCACCUCGGUCAGCAUUUAGACAAGGGUCUCAUACGGGAGGCAGGAGUAAGAAGACAAAACCAAAAUCUACUGCAGGUGCUGGGGGAAGGCCUCAAGGUGCCAUUCGUGGUUUGUCAGGGGCCUUCGCAGCGAAAUCUGAUUCGCUGAUAGGCAAGAAAGUGUGGACUAGGUGGCCUGAUGAUAACAACUUCUAUGAGGCUGUCAUAACAGAUUAUAACUCAGUUGAGGGUCGGCAUGCAUUGGUCUACGAUAUCGAUACAGCAAAUGAAACAUGGGAAUGGGUUGACCUCAAAGAGAUAUCUCCUUCUGACAUCCGGUGGGAAGGCAAUGACCAUGGAAUUUCUCAUAGAGAAGCCCGUCCUGGUGUCGGUCAGGGGGUCAAGAAGUCCACUUCGAAAGGCGGUGCUAUUGCUGGACUUGGAGGAGGUAGAAGGACAACGAAGGCACAGACUCGAAAUAAUCUUCCUUCAUUGCAAAGUGGCAUAGGCAGGAAGGCUUUGGGCGACAUUGAAUUAUUUCACACAGAUUCUCUAGUCAAGAAGGUGGAGAAAGUGUUAGGUGCAGAGCAGCCCGAUGCUGCAGAGAUUGCGGAAGCAAAGAGGGCUCUUAAGAAGCAGGAGCUGGCCCUGGUUGAUGCGAUCUCCAGGCUUGAAGAUGCAUCCGAUGGUGAAAGUGAUGAAAAGGGAUUGUAGCCUCCCAAAGAGGCAUCCGAGGAAAGAGGCAGUUUGAGACAUUGAGCAGACCAAGUUCUGGAUCUGAUGUAGAGAACCAGAGACAGUGGUUUUCUCAACAUCCCAUAGUAUGCUGAAAGUGCAAUCUCAUUUCGAGUCCCAGACAGUUCUAGCAAUGUCUGAGCCUGUAACCUUACUUGAGAUAGAUUCGGCUGAUCUGUCAUUGUAAUUGAAUCCCAAAUGAUUCAUUAGUCAGUUACUCUGUACAGCUUCUUUGAUAAUUAUAUGAAUUGUAUAUCAUUUCUACAUGAUGACACCGAGUUCUAUGUGAUCUUUGUGUUUGCGCGCGA